AUGUUCUUAAAGUAUUUAGCUCUCAUUGCGUUAAUCGCCGUAUCGUUAUUAAUUACCAACUCCACCAGUCAGUUCCAGACAGGCCGAUGUCGAGAGCCAGAUCCCAACGAACUGUUGAGAAUCCUGAAAUCCCCGGAUCCUGAGACCCUGCCACCAAGCUUCAUGAUGUUACCACAUUUCAGAAAACUGAGCACCACCCAUCUUCCCAGUAACCGUUCUGUUAACGUCCUGUUCCGAGGAGAAACGUCGUGUAAGAAGAUGACAGCCAAUAUCUGUCCAUCAUACCACGUGGUCCAGUACGAUCCAGAACGGGUUCCUUCCACUAUUAUACAGGCAGAAUGUGCUUGUAAACAUUGUAAAUCUUCUCGUUCGUUCAAAAGGUAUGGUAACGGUAUGAAAUUUAAUUGUGAGAAGAUUAUCAGCUAUAGUAGGGUAUUGAGGAAGACUGAAUGUAAGCUGAAUAUAGACACCAAUGAUUUGGUCAUGCAGUAUAAAAAGGUUUGGGAGCCAGUCAGUGUCGCAUGUACCUGUGUUUUAAAAUAA